AAAAAUAAACAAAACGUUCAACUACACAGCACCCAAGAAAGUUUUAUGUAGAUUCUCUAAUACUUCUUAGCAGUCCAGCUAUUAAUACCGACUUCCUUUCUUUUCUAUUUUCUCUUUCUUACAUCAAAAAGUGAACGAAAGGUGGUCUUUUUCAACGAAAAGAGUCUUUCUUUCUCGACCAUCUCACUUCGUUUCCGUGAAUGCUUAUGCGAUUUUCCACUUUCCCAUCUUAGUAAUGUUUGCAUUUCAGUAAAGGGUACUUUGGUUUUCUGGGUUUUUCUUUAAGUCUGUGCCAUUGACAUUGGUUAAAAAUACUGGGGAGGAAGAAGCUUGCUUUUUGGGGAAAAAAAAAAUAAAAAUGGAAGACUUGGGUUUUUGAGGAGUUGAGCUAAAAAAGCGAUUUUGUUCAUCUGGGUCUGUUUGUUUACUGGGAAAAUUUUCCUUCUUUUUCGGUUUCCAAAAUGAGGAGCAUUUAUGGGUUGUAUUUAAUGGUGGUUCUUUGUUUUGGAAUGUAUUUGAGCACGUUGUGUCAAGAUGAUUCGGAAAACACUUCGGCUGUGUAUAUUGUCACUCUUAAAGAAGCUCAUUCUGCUAAUUAUUAUGGUGAGUUGAGAAGGGAAGGUCAUGCUACCAGAAAUGGUGCUUCUGGAAGGUUAAACAUUCACAAACCAAGAAACAGGAAUAUUACAAGAACAGAUCGGAGGUACAGUUCUUAUAUUUCUCGGGUUCAUGAUUCAUUGCUAAAGAGGGCAUUGAGAGGGGAGAAUUAUCUAAAGCUAUACAGCUACCAUUACUUGAUUAAUGGAUUUGCUGUGCUUGUUACCCCACAACAGGCGGAUAAGCUUACUAGGAGGAGAGAAGUGGCAAAUAUUGUUAUGGAUUACUCUGUUAGAACUGCAACUACCCAUACUCCCCAGUUCUUGGGUUUACCACAAGGGGCUUGGGCACAAGAAGGUGGAUAUGAAUUUGCAGGAGAGGGAAUUGUAAUUGGAUUUAUAGAUACUGGCAUUGAUCCAUCCCAUCCAAGUUUUGCUGAUGCUACGUCUGAUCAUCAAUAUCCAGUUCCACAUCAUUUUUCAGGCAUCUGUGAAGUUACUCCUGAUUUCCCAUCUGGUUCAUGCAAUAGGAAGCUUGUUGGGGCCCGCCAUUUUGCAGCAUCUGCUAUAAUCAGGGGAAUUUUCAACUCAUCACAGGACUAUGCUUCACCAUUUGAUGGUGAUGGCCAUGGCACGCACACAGCUUCUGUUGCAGCAGGAAACCAUGGGAUUCCAGUGGUUGUUUCAGGUCAUCACUUUGGAAAUGCAAGUGGGAUGGCUCCUCGUUCCCAUAUUGCUGUUUACAAGGCAUUGUACAAGAGCUUUGGAGGCUUUGCUGCAGAUGUUGUUGCUGCAAUAGACCAGGCUGCUCAGGAUGGGGUUGAUGUAAUAAGCUUAUCAAUUACUCCUAAUCGACGUCCACCCGGAAUUGCUACAUUCUUUAAUCCCAUUGACAUGGCAUUACUAUCAGCUGUAAAGGCUGGUAUUUUUGUUGUGCAAGCAGCAGGCAAUACCGGACCAUCUCCAAACAGCAUGUCUUCCUUCAGUCCAUGGAUUUUCACAGUUGGUGCUGCCUCUCAUGAUAGAAGCUAUAGUAACUCUAUGACGCUUGGGAACAAUGUCACCAUACCUGGAGUUGGGCUUGCACCUGGUACAGGGAACGAUACAUUGUAUACACUCGUUUCUGCCAUUCAUGCAUUGAACGAUGAAGCUACUGUUGCAGAUGAUAUGUAUGUGGGUGAAUGCCAAGACUCUAGUCACUUUAACCGUGAUCUAGUCCAAGGGAAUCUUUUAAUCUGUAGCUAUUCAAUUCGAUUUGUGCUUGGGCUCUCUACAAUGAAACAAGCAUUACAAACAGCUAAAAACCUAAGUGCUGCUGGUGUUGUAUUCUACAUGGAUUCUUUUGUAAUUGGUUUUCAGCUUAAUCCUACUCCAAUGAAAAUGCCUGGCAUUAUUAUUUCCUCCCCAGAAGACUCCAAGAUUUUACUUAAAUACUACAACUCCUCUCUGGAGAGAGAUGGUCCUUCAAACAAAAUUGUCAAGUUUAAGGCUCGUGCAAGCAUUUGUGGUGGAUUAAAGGCAAACUAUAGCAAUUCUGCUCCAAAAAUUAUGUAUUACUCUGCUAGAGGACCAGAUCCUGAAGAUACUUCUCUUGAUGAUGCGGAUAUAUUGAAACCUAACUUGGUAGCUCCUGGAAAUCUUGUAUGGGCUGCUUGGAGUUCUGCUGGAGCUGACUCAGUUGAAUUCCUUGGUGAGAACUUUGCAAUAAUGUCCGGGACAAGCAUGGCUGCUCCUCAUGUUGCUGGGCUUGCUGCACUUAUCAAGCAGAAAUUCCCAAGUUUUGGCCCUUCUGCAAUUGGAUCUGCACUUUCCACAACAGCUUCUCCAUAUGACAAGAAUGGUGGGCCAAUAAUGGCUCAGCGUGCUUAUGCGAAUCCAGAUCUAAACCAGUCUCCUGCAACACCUUUUGACAUGGGCAGUGGUUUUGUGAAUGCAACAGCAGCACUGAAUCCAGGAUUGAUUUUUGAUUCCGGUUAUGAUGAGUAUAUGUCAUUUCUUUGUGGCAUUAAUGGAUCAGCACCUGUGGUCUUGAAUUACACCGGUCAAAACUGUUGGGCUUAUAAUUCUACCAUCAGUGGUACUGAUUUGAACUUGCCGUCAAUCACUAUAGUGAAACUUAAUCAGUCUAGAACAGUCCAGAGGUUAGUGCGUAAUGUUGCUGACAACGAAACUUACAGUGUGGGUUGGAGUGCUCCGUAUGGAGUUUCUGUAAAGGUUUCUCCAACUCACUUUCAGAUUGGCUGGGGGCAGACACAAGUAUUGUCUAUAUUCUUGAAUGCGACGAUGAACAGCUCGGUUGCUAGCUUUGGAAGGAUUGGACUUUUUGGAAAUAAAGGUCAUGUUGUCAACUUUCCUUUGUCAGUCAUUGUUAAAAACUUAUAGAAUACAACUAACAUCUGAGAUUUGAAGUUGAGCUGUGUUUUGUUUUUGGGUUAACUAUAGUUGUUGGCUCUCAAGUUUAUAGAAAUCCAAGUGGAUCCUCUAAUUUAAAAAGUUUCAGUUGAGGCCUUAUAACUACGAGUAGAGUUCAAUCGAGGACUAUCAAUCGCAGAGAUUAUUGAAAGUGACUGAAAAACAUAUGCAAUUGUCAGAAACAUAGAAAUAUUCAUUGACAAUUGCAUUUGGAAAAUUUAGUAUGUGAGAUUUAUUUUACUAACUUUGUUAAUGUUCAUGUCCAUUGACUUGAAUUCAAACUGAAUUUAUAAUACAAGGCCUUAACUGGAAUUUUUUUUGAAUCAAAGCGUUUAAACUGAGGAUUGUUGUAAACUUGUGUGCCAACAAAUGUUGUUAAACCUAGUUUAUGUUUUUUUCUUUUAUCACUUUUGUUGAUGGUUUUCAAAUGUUUCCUUGUUGAGUUAUGUUAACCAAUUUUUUCAUUCAUUACAUUGUAAAUGUUUUAUGAUGUAAAUUAUGAAGUACCUCUUUGUAAUGUAUAAAGUUAUAAAUAAUUUUGAAUAA